AUGUUCUACACUCAGCUCUUCACUUCCAAGCGCGGGCCUCUGGCCAAAAUCUGGCUAGCAGCUCAUUGGGUACGCAAAAUCACAAAAACUCAUGUGUUUGAAUGCAAUUUGGAGAGCACCAUCAAACACAUAAUCUCCCCACAGGCAAAGAUCGGCUUGCGGACUUUUGGCCACCUACUCCUGGGAGUAGUGAGGAUAUACUUCAGAAAAGCCAAAUAUCUACUUGCUGACUGCAAUGACGCUGUUGUCAAAAUUAAAGUAGCCUUCAGACCAGGACAGACUGCCAUGCCUGUUGAAGGACUGGAGGCCACACUUAAAGCCAUCACGUUGAUGGAGGAUUUCACUGACUUCGAUUCCCAGCUACCAGACACAAAUGCCAUAGGUGUUGUGGACCAUUUUUCACUGAAUCAGUGCCGAACAGAGGACAUCACCCUCAAAGAGGAUUUUGGAAAUAGCUUUCUCACAUUUGAUGACUUUGGUGAUGAGACCCAGUCUCACCAAGGGGGCAUGUUAGAUCCUGGUCUGCUUGGUCUGUUUCACCAGCGUUCCCAGAGGUGUUCCCAGAAGUCUCGCGAUGCUGCGCCUCUGGGUCGUCCAGACUCUCCUACAUCUGUACCCAUGGAGGAGGAUCGCCUUGUCCUGAAUGAGACAACCCCUGUCCUGAAUGAGACGACUCUGUUGGUCAAUGAGGAGGAGGGCUUCGCUCUGGAGCCUGUCGCUGUGACCCCGACCUUCGAGAGGAAGAAGGGGAAGAGGAGAAGGAGACUGGUGGUGGACCAGGCCAAGGAGCUGUCCAACCAGGCCAUCAGGGAGCAGCUCACUGACUAUUCAGAUCUCACUGCCCCACUGGACAUAGCCCCACCCACCCACCAACUCAUGCAAUGGAAAGAGAGUGGAGGGGUGGACAGGCUCUUCAGUCACCUCUGUGCCCAUGUCAUUCAUCCACACCUUCAACAGCUCUAUUCCAGUGAUAUGUUUCGGGGGAAAACAGAUCGAGUGGGCAAUGACGAUGACCUUGAAGAGAUGAGACAGGAGAGACAUGAGGUGGAAAGCGAUGUGAGCGACCUGCCCAGUGAGUUCAGUGUCCUGCAUGAGACUAUGGAUCCUGAGAGAAUGGGACACAAUGUGGAGCUCACUCCUCUGCACCACCAUGGGACUGACAACCCAUCUGAGGACGUCUGGGACGCAUCUAUGGUGGACAGCCAGGAUGACUUUGAGGAGAGGAGGAUGACCAGCCGAGCACAGGAACUACUAAACACUCUCAAAAUUCAGAGCAGCAGAAGCAACGCCAUGUUCAGCCUGCAGACGCUGUGUGAGAGGAACAGUCGCUCCCAGGCCUCGGCUACCUUCUUUUGCCUCCUGGUGCUGAAGAAACAGCAGGCCCUGGACCUGCACCAGAGCGAGCCUUACGCUGACAUUAUAGCCACACCUGGACUCAGGUUCUAA